UCUUUUAUUAUUAUAUAUUGUUAAUAAUUUGGUUAUCCUUGGUUGAAAUGGGCGCGCCUAAUGCUGCAAUUCUCCUCCCAUUCUCAGUCUCCGAACCCAAUCCCUCCUCCUUCCUCCUCUCCAAUCUGCGUUCCUCUUCAAUCCGCUACUUCUGCCCAUUCUCCGGCCCCAACUAUUACUGCCCAUGUCGCCGCGCGGACAGCCCCUCCUUUUUUCUCCCCAAUGCCUUCUACACCGAACCACUUCCCGCCAAGUUCUCUCCCACAACGCACAAGAAGAACGCCGAUUCCGGCCUCCAUGAUGACAUUUCCAUUCUCAAUGACCGGAUUCGACGCGACCUCCGUAAGAGAGAUCCAGGCGCUUCCUCUUCCGCACCUGCCAUGGAUUCUGAAGAGGCCGGCAAGUACAUCGGGCUGGUGAAGCAGCAGCAGCAGAGGGGGUUGCGGAAGCUGAAAGGCGAUAGGGUAGGUAGGGAUGACGGCGUUUUCAGCUACAAGGUCGAUCCCUACACUCUCCGUUCCGGCGAUUAUGUCGUGCACAAGAAGGUUGGAAUUGGGCGUUUUGUCGGAAUUAAAUUUGACGUUCCGAAAGAUUCUUCGGAGCCGGUUGAGUAUGUGUUUCUGGAGUACGCAGAUGGAAUGGCAAAACUCCCAAUUAAGCAAGCCUCUCGCAUGCUGUAUCGAUAUAACCUCCCCAAUGAAAAUAGAAGGUCACGGCCUUUGAGUAAAUUAAGUGACACUAGUGCAUGGGAGAGAAGAAGGAUAAAAGGAAAGAUUGCAAUUCAGAAAAUGGUUGUUGACUUGAUGGAGCUAUAUUUACAUAGGCUGAAACAAAGAAGGCCUCCCUACCCAGAAAGUGAUGGCAUAGCUGAAUUUGUAGCACAAUUUCCUUAUGAGCCCACACCUGAUCAAAAAAAGGCUUUCCUUGAUGUCAAGAGGGAUUUGACUGAGAGAGAAACUCCAAUGGACAGGUUAAUUUGUGGAGAUGUUGGGUUUGGUAAGACUGAAGUUGCACUUCGUGCCAUCUUCUGUGUAGUGUCAGCCGGGAAGCAAGCUAUGGUUCUGGCACCGACAAUUGUUUUAGCUAAACAACAUUUUGAUGUUAUUUUGGAGCGGUUUUCUAAGUAUCCUCAUAUCAAAGUUGGACUUUUAAGCAGGUUCCAGACUAAAGCUGAGAAAGAGGAGUGUCUGUACAUGAUUAGACAUGGCUACCUGGACAUUAUUGUGGGGACUCACUCCCUCCUUGGAAGUCGUGUUGUUUAUAAUAACUUAGGACUCCUUGUGGUUGAUGAAGAACAGAGGUUUGGCGUCAAACAGAAGGAGAAGAUUGCUUCAUUCAAAACUUCAGUUGAUGUUCUUACUCUAUCUGCAACGCCUAUACCACGAACCCUUUAUUUAGCAUUAACUGGGUUUCGUGAUGCUAGUUUGAUUUCAACUCCACCGCCAGAAAGAGUUCCCAUAAGAACCCAUCUUUCAGCAUACAGUAAAGAAAAGGUAACAUCGGCCAUAAAGUUUGAGCUGGAUCGCGGUGGCCAAGUUUUCUAUGUAUUGCCUCGUAUUAAAGGACUUGAUGAAGUGAUGGAAUUCCUUGAACAGUCAUUUCCAAAUGUUAAAAUUGCUAUUGCACAUGGAAAGCAAUACUCAAAGCAGCUUGAGGAAACUAUGGAUAAAUUUGCACAAGGUGAAAUAAAAAUUCUUAUAUGCACAAACAUAGUAGAAAGUGGGCUUGACAUUCAAAAUGCCAACACCAUCAUAAUUCAGGAUGUUCAACAAUUUGGCUUGGCACAGCUGUAUCAGCUGCGUGGAAGGGUGGGGCGUGCAGACAAGGAAGCUUAUGCGCAUUUAUUUUACCCUGAUAAGUCACUGCUAUCUGAUCAAGCGCUGGAGAGGCUCGCAGCUCUUGAAGAAUGCCGCGAUCUUGGCCAAGGCUUCCAACUUUCAGAGAGAGACAUGGGUAUAAGAGGCUUUGGUAAUAUCUUUGGUGAGCAACAGACGGGGGAUAUUGGAAAUGUAGGCAUUGAUCUCUUCUUUGAAAUGCUUUUUGAGAGCUUGUCCAAGGUUGAAGAACAUCGGCUGUUUUCAAUUCCUUACCAAUCAGUACAGCUUGACAUAAAUAUUAAUCCUCACCUCCCUUCCGAGUAUAUAACUUAUCUGGAAAACCCAAUGAAAAUAUUAAGCGAAGCAGAGAAAGCUGCUGAGAAGGACAUUUGGAGUUUAAUGCAAUUCACAGAGAAUCUACGUCGCCAAUAUGGAAAAGAGCCAUCCUCCAUGGAAAUUCUAUUGAAGAAGCUUUAUGUGAGGAGAAUGGCGGCUGAUCUUGGGAUUUCCAGAAUUUAUGCUUUAGGGAAGAUGGUUGGUCUGAAAACGAACAUGAGUAAAGAGGUUUUCAAACUCAUAAUGGAUUCAAUAGUCUCUGACGUUCACCGAAAUUCUCUGGUGUUUGAGGAUGGCCAGAUUAAGGGAGAACUUCUUCUGGAGCUACCAAGAGAACAACUCAUAAACUGGGUCUUCCAGUGCUUAGUUGAACUUCAUGCCUCCCUACCAGCGCUCAUAAAAUACUAAUUCCUAGGCGUAGAAAAGCUCCAGCUGACUGCCAUGAUGUUGGAUUGGAUUGGAUGAGUUGCACAUAAAAUUUGUGACCAUGGAAAGGAAUUCCAUGAGAAUUUGUGUCCCUGAGUGAAGUCUCCUUGCUGCACAGAUGGUAGACGGUGGCAAAAGAUGUUCAAAAAUCACAUUCGACCAAAAAAAUACAAUGGAUAUUUGGAAACGUAUUCCUUCAAAAUUCAAAAGAUAUGUCUUAUCAUUUCGCAAUUUGAAACUUGUUGUGAGCUCGUCUGAUUGAGGUGGGGGAUAUAUCCUAUCCCCCUUUGCAUUUUGCAGGGUAGGGGCAUGAGGCCAUGAGGCACAUGCGUGAGGAUGCAGCGUGCCAGGUGCAGUUGAGACGGACUGCCCUCCUCAACUCAGUGUCAGUCAGUCAGGCUCAAUCGGCAGUUUUAGACACUACUCCAAUCUAUUGACUUUCAUGACUAUUUCCCAUUUUGGUAUUGUAUAUAAUUUAAUCAAUAAUUCGGGAUUAUGAAUGCUAUUUAUUUGGAUA